AUGUCUCAGUACACGCUCUCCUCAUACCUUGUCACCCCCGCCGAACUCAAUUCCGCACUCCAAAAAAACCUUCAUUCCAAACUCUCUACUGCACCCAAAAUCAUCCCCCUCUGCGCAUCUUGGUUCCUGCCCAACGACGGCCGUGACGGACGACAAACUUUCAAAGCAUCUCGUAUUCCACACGCUAGGUUUUUCGACCUCGAUGCUGUUAAAGAUCCCAAUUCUCCGUACCCACAUAUGCUUCCGUCGGCAACUGAUUUUGCGAGAGCGAUGGGCGAGCUUGGCGUCCGCCGUGAUGAUAGUGUGGUGGUUUAUGACUCGAAGGAGCUCGGAAUAUUUAGUGCACCGCGAGUGGGCUGGACGCUGCAGGUCUUCGGACACCAGAACGUGCAUGUUUUGAACAACUUCCGGCUCUGGUGCGAGCAAGGUUAUCCGGUCGAAAGCGGAGAGCCCGCGCCCGUGGAUGUAGUCGAGUAUUCAAUCCCAGAGCUGGACAAGAGCAAAGUAGUAGCAUUUGAAGAAGUCCGAGAAAUCGCGAAAGAACAGGGGAAGGAGGGUGCAGAGGAGGUACAAAUCCUGGAUGCAAGGAGCAGUGGGAGAUUCAAGGGGACUGAACCAGAGCCUAGGAAAGGCCUCUCAUCUGGCCACAUUCCCUACUCUAUCUCCGUCCCUGCCUCCGACGUCCUCGACCCCAAAGACAAAACCCUCCUCCCCAGCUCUGACCUGCAAGCCCUCUUCAAGUCUAAAGGCGUUGAUGCCUCAAAACCCAUCAUCAGCAGCUGCGGAACCGGCGUCACGGCUGCUGUUCUCGAUGCAGCUCUCACCGAAGCUGGAUUUGAAUCCGAGAACAGGAGACUGUAUGAUGGGAGCUGGACCGAAUGGGCCCAACGAGUAUCUCCCUCAGACAGUCUGAUUCGCAAAAUUGGUGAUUGA